AUGUUUUCCUCAAUCAGUACCCGCGAUCGACUGCGCACGUCCAUGUCCACUCGUUCCAUGCGGAGAGCUCGUCCAGUUCGAGAACCAGAGACAGUCAAUCCUGAAGUCGCCAAAGCUCAGGCGAAGGCGGCUGCAUCACGGGCGAUGCGCUCAAGCGCAUCCUCGACGGAAUCCAAGGCUUAUGAUCGACUGGGGGGCCUGGCGCAGAUAGCAAUUCCCAGAAGACGGCCGGGCUCAAGUCUUCAGCAUACAGAAGACGAUACUUCCGUUUAUGCCGCAUCCAUUGCACCUCCUUUCACGCCCCGUCAAUCUACGGAGAAGCCUUGCACAAAUCGAGGCCAUGCACUCGAAGACUCUGCCGUAUUGCCGCCAAUCACCGAGCUGCAAGGACUAGAUGGACGCGAUAGCUCGGUGCCUUCAUCGUAUCGCCGGCUGCGCAAGGCCAAGUCCAUGUUCUCAACCCGAGCCAGGUCUUCUCAUGUGCCGUUUGGACCACCGUCGAUGUCCCCGAGAAAUGCCUGUGAAUUGGAGCGCAGCCCGGAAAUCGAGUUACCCCGGACCCUGCGGCCCUCCAUCUCUUUUAUUGGGGGACGUCGCCACGGCAAUCGAGCAAUUCGACAUGCCAAAAGCCAUGAUGCGGCCAUUCAGCUCGCUCGUGACCAGUUCAUGGAUGAAGCUGAAAGCCCUGUCGCCCAGGUCAGACGCUCGUCAUUCUUCGUCCGACGCAAGAGAGACCACAAGCCGUUUCGCAAAACUUUCCGGGUCACCAGCGAUACUGGACCGGACUCUACAUCGGAGCAUGUUUCUCGAUGGGCCUCGCGCAGCAGAUCCCGAACUUUCUCUUCAUCAAUCAAGAGUGGUCUCCGGCGCGUCUUCGGAUUUUCCAAACCUGCCGAGCGGGAGCAGUCCGAGUUCAGCCUCGGCGAUGAGAAUAUUUCAAUCGCCACGCCAGAGACCAUGGUUGUCAAUCGUCCUGUUGAGUGCACUUUGGGCGGCAACAUGGACAUGGACCAGUGUUUCGGGUCCAGUCCUUUGCCAGAAGAGUCCCCAGGAGGUGACAGCCUAUGUACAUCCAAAUCCCGCGUGACUAGUUGGGCAGAUUCCUCUGUCGCAAAUACUUUGAUGACACGAAAGACCCAACAUCGCCAGUCCCUUUCUCUGAUUGAAGAACAUGGCGAUCUGAACAAGCAAUUGCCCCAAGUACCUACUGAUCGCACUCGCAGUCAGCUUCCCGUAUGCGAGGGUAAUAUUCACGAAUUGGACAAGGAGCUCAAUGUCGGUGGAUUCAACACUUGGGCUGAUUGCAACGGCUUGUAUUCGGCAUUGAUGCAGCAGAUUAGACGGCAGGCUGUGCACACUCCUGAUGAAGACAUCGUCUUUGGAACGGUCCCGGAACAUCGCGCCAUCCCAGAGCGCACAUCUUCGGUAUAUUCACACCGCAGCAGACGCACUAUUCGACACAUUCCAAGUGUAGAAUCAUCAACAGCUGGAUCAUUUGCAACUGCUCGUGUCGGUAAAUCGACGUCUCCAAAGCGGCGCCAACCAGGGCCCGUCGAAUACAUUUCUGGCAAGACUUCUCAGCGCAUGUCUGGCCAAGAGAACCAUCCACCAACCGAUACCUCCUUCGCGGAGUAUUCCCCGCAUUCACCCUUCGUUAUUUGUGAGGAUCCGGAUGAGGAUUCUGGGAGCGUUGUUAUUGCUCGUUCCGAGGCAUUGAGAACGGCAACCGAGUCUCCCAGUGUCUACUCACGAACGACUAGUGGCAAUACCCCCACGAAAGGAUCGUCUAGUUGCGUGGCCAGUUUUAUCGAUGGUGAGACAGGAACUGCGACCAUAUUUUCGUCCGAGCGAACCACAUACAGCUCGCCAACUCGCACUAACGGCUCGAUGACAAGUACACCGGUGCGGCCCAGCGCAGACUGGCAAAAGUGGAUGAGCUCCCAGAUCGAGAGAAUCGAGCAGAGAAGCCCAACCAGAGAGCACAUCCGGGAGGAUGCACAGUUCGCAGACGACGAUGAUGAGAUCUUCAUGGGGAUGCUGAAACGGACACCGGUACCACGCUCGGAAAUGGCUGUUGGGCCCUACGUUCCAGAAAACGAGAGAUGCAAUGAUUCCUUGCCACAAGCGGAGCCCAGGUCCCUAGUGCAGAACAAUUUCUCUCGUCCAUUCAGUCGAGCGUCAAGCGUACGAACUAUCUUGCCGUCGCAGAAGGUCCAGCCUCUUGAGCCGAUGGAAAAUAUGCCUAGCCCUUCGGAGGCUGAUAGCAUGUCUAACCCUGCUGUCUUGGAUGCUUCGCCGAAACCUGCCCGUGUUCUCAGCGGGUGGAUGCGGUCACCAAUUCGCGUGAGAUCUUCCAACAUGCAGGCGCCUCCAGACUCACCAACUCCUCGCAGGGAUGGCCCCGAGUCACAGAAGCGAAUGUGGACACAGGAACAGUAUCGACGAUAUUCUGCUCGACGCCCAAUCGCCAAUGGGAAGCCGAAUUCAUUUCGGUCCACGCGCAGCUACCGUGAUUCGCGUGGAAUGAACAAUGAGAACACCCGCCAGCAGGAGGAGCAUGAAGACAUGAUAAACGACUACCACAAACUCCAGGACAUUCAUUCAACCAUUUCGAGCAAGCGCAUGGUGGAGAUGUUUUUGGACAGUCGGCGCCAGCAGAUGGGGAGGGAAGCUUCUGGGAGCACAGCUGCAGGCGGGGCGUUUAUUUGA